UCCCUCUCUCUCUCUCUCUCUCUCUCUCUCUAUAUGUAACAGCUCUUUGGCUUUCAUUGCAUCAUUGAAAACUGCUCAAAGCUUUGGUAUACCUCUCAGAUUCAUCACUUUCCAGUUUUUCAAACUAUAAGAAAAUUUAGAAAAUGGCGAUGAUUCCAAGCAUCUUCGGCGGCCGUCGAAGCAAUGUCUUCGAUCCAUUCUCUCUCGACAUCUGGGAUCCCUUUGAGGGCUUUCCCUUCAACAACGCCCUCGCCAACAUCCCCAACUCCGCCCGCGAGACCUCCGCCUUUGCCAACACUCGCAUUGACUGGAAAGAGACUCCAGAGGCUCACAUCUUCAAAGCCGAUCUUCCAGGGCUGAAGAAGGAAGAAGUGAAGGUGGAAGUUGAAGAAGGAAGAGUUUUGCAGAUCAGCGGAGAGAGGAGCAAAGAGCAUGAGGAGAAGAACGACAAGUGGCACCGCGUUGAGCGUAGCAGCGGCAAGUUCCUCCGCCGCUUCAGGUUGCCGGAAAAUGCGAAGGUCGAUCAGGUCAAGGCUGCGAUGGAGAACGGUGUUCUGACUGUGACUGUGCCCAAAGAAGAAGUGAAAAAGCCUGAGGUUAAGUCCAUUGAGAUCUCUGCUUGAAUUGCGCUGCUGAGCUUUGGAGUGUUAGUGUUUGAGUGUUUGAAUUAUAUGAUAAAUAAAUGCUCGUUGUUUUGUUUGUAGUAAAGAGGAAGUGUUAUGCAAUGGCUACUUGAGAGCCUGUUUAUGUAUGUGUUGAACCAGUACCUGGUUAUUUGCUAUGUUUUGUUUGAUAUAAAUUGGAAGAAAUAUUGUUCUGAUGAUUUGAUUGUUGAUCUUGUUUUCCAAAUUUCAA